AUGCUGGAACCUAUGGUGCCGGUCGCCCCGGCUCCAUCACCAUCGCCACCACCGCCUGUGGUGACAGAAGGACCCGUGGAUGAAGCUGCCUCUGACCCUGAGUCUUCGGCAAGUGCAAGUUCAGAUAAGAUGACCACCGACAGUGAGAGAAGACCGGAAUCCCAUGAAGAUCGAAAGCGUGAACGAACAGAAAGGGAGGAGGGAGCUCCAGGGGAAGCACGUGCCUUAGGAUCGGCAAUGGAGACAGGAGGGAAAGAUGCACCGACAGAGUCUGUUCCAGAACCUAAGGGUGAAAAGAGGUUGCAGGCCCCACCGUUCUAUGCAGGAAGUGAGAGUCCAUCAAAGCGUGUUCGAGUAGUCAAAGUAGGAGAUGCCGAGUAUUAUGUGGGAGAUGAAGAUCUAGACGAUUGGUGGAACAUGGUAGAGUUUGAUGCUCGGUAUUUCGAGAAAGAUGACUGGAUGGACUACAGCCCUGAGAAUGACCCCGAAAAGUUGUGGGAAGGCCAAGAUGAAAAUGAAGGACCUCCUGUUCUUGGCCCUGAACAGCUAGAGGAAGUGGAAGCUGUGUCCAGGAGCGAUGAGUUGCAUCGACUACUAGAGAUGUCCGUGUUGGAAGCGAUGGAUGAGGCUGUGCAUGUUCCCAAAGAGAAGCUCCUCAAAACACGACACACAUGCACCGAGUACAUGUCCUUCGAUGCUGCGCGUGCUUCCGCAUAUGUUUGUGUGAGCACCCCGGGCUACGUCCUGCGAUCAUUUGAUGUGAAAGACUUGGCCCGCUGCGAUCUCAAGAGCAACGUGGCGUGCCCCGUGGUAUAUGGUGGUGAGAAACUUGGUGCCACGAUUCAUGUAGAUGAUGGACUUCUCGGUGGAUGUGAAGAUCGUGUCAACAGUGCUGUGAGUGUCUUGCAACAAAAGUACCGCCUAGAAGUGAGCCCCGUUGUGAAGAACAUUGGCACCAGCGACUUUGACUUGACAAUGAAAGACGAGUCGGACUACUUGGACAAGGCACAUGUUGGGCGAUACAGAGCAGCACUGGGAUGUUUGCUGUACAUCAGUCCGGAGCGACCUGACGUUCAACAUUGUGUAGGAGUUCUAGCUCGUGGGAUGAGUAAGCCUACGGUGAAGCAGCUCAACCUCCUCAGCAGAGGACUCCCAACCGUUGAAGCGUGA